UGCGCAUGUGCACAACUAUUUCAUCAUCACUGUUUGAGAGGUCGACGCGCAAUCUGGUCGUCAGCCGCUCAUCGUCGCAUCACCGCACAAUUUCAUGCUAAAUCUCUCUUCACCAGUCAUCAUCUCACUCCGCCGACAAGGAAUCGCUUCGAGAAAAUGGCCACAGUCGUCACGCCAGCGCCUCAAACAGACCCCGACAAACGGACGCCGCAGAAUUUGACCGAAAGCGACGACGAUUGGAAAAGCAAGCUGAAAGUGCCCGAACGCGACCGUCGCUACAAGACUGAAGAUGUGACACGCACUAAGGGUCAGGAUUUCGAGGACUACUGUCUCAAACGCGAGCUGCUUAUGGGGAUAUUUGAGAAGGGGUUUGAGAAGCCGUCGCCGAUUCAGGAGGAGAGCAUUCCCGUCGCUCUGGCGGGGAAGGAUAUACUGGCACGGGCGAAGAAUGGGACGGGAAAGACAGGUGCAUUUCUCAUUCCUCUUCUUGAACGAGUGACUGCCGACAAAGACUACGUCCAAGCAAUGGUCCUUGUCCCUUCACGAGAACUCGCAUACCAAACAUCCCAGAUCUGCAAAGAGCUUGGAAAACACCUAGAAAUCAAAGUCAUGGUGACGACCGGAGGAACAAGCCUGAGAGACGACAUCAUGAGAUUAGAGAAUCCAGUUCAUGUUGUUGUGGCGACGCCGGGUCGUAUUCUGGAUUUAGCCGAACGACGUGUGGCUAACCUUACACAGUGCUCGAUGCUUGUGAUGGAUGAGGCUGAUAAACUGCUGGCGAUGAAUCAGACCGGAACGAUCGAUCGUCUCAUUCAACAGUUGCCGUCAGGACGUCAAGUUUUGCUGUUCUCUGCGACCUUUCCUGUCUCUGUUCAGAGCUUUACGGAGAUGCACUUGAACAAGCCAUAUGAGAUUAACUUGAUGGAUGAGCUCACACUGAAGGGCAUCACCAAUUUCUAUGCAUUUGUAGAAGAGUGGCAGAAAGUUCACUGCCUCAACACUCUCUUCUCAAAGCUUCAGGUCAACCAGAGCAUCAUAUUCUGCAACUCGGUGCAACGUGUUGAAUUGCUGGCGAAGAAGAUCACCGAACUUGGCUAUUCGUGCUACUACAUCCACGCGAGGAUGCGACAGGAGCAUCGUAAUAGAGUGUUUCACGAUUUCAGGGCUGGACAUUGUAGGAACUUAGUUUGCUCUGAUCUAUUCACACGCGGAAUCGACAUCCAAGCCGUCAACGUCGUCAUCAACUUCGACUUCCCCCAAACAUCAGAGACCUACCUCCACCGCAUCGGCCGUUCGGGCCGCUACGGCCACCUCGGACUGGCAAUCAGUCUCGUGACCGAGAAAGAUCGUUACAACUUGUGCCAAGCCGAACACGAACUGGGAACGACGAUCUCGCCCAUACCCAGAUCUGUAGACAAGAAACUCUAUGUGGCUACCGAAGAGGCACCACCGAGUAAAGAGGAUGGACGCCAGUAGGCAGCCGUACCCACGUGUGUGUGUGUGUACAUACAUUGACAUUUAGAUGGAGCCGUUUAUGUUUGUGUUUACGAGAAGAAUUCGUCGUGUCGGAUGUCUCGGUUAGCCAUCGAGACGUCCGUGGAUUUCACGCAGUGUAUCACUGCACGAUGUAUCUCUCUCUCUCACUCUCACUCUUCACGUCUCCCUCUCUCUCUUGUUCACGUGAUAUGACUCUGUAUCCUCGAAGGAUCGUCGUCGUUGUCGUUCUACUUCUCGUCUCUCCUCAUUCUCUCUGUGCCUGACAUUCAGGCGAGGACGAACAGGCAUCGAGCUCCCUCUCGUCUCGUGUGUGAAUAUGUAUGUAUGUGUGUUGGUCCGUCUCGAGCUUGUGUGCCUGUUUGUCCGACUUGACGAUACCUCUGGUCAUGGGUACCAUCCAAUGGCCGAUUGUGUGUUAGCGUGUUGCCGUAGAAAUGUGAUGUGUGUGCUAGAAUGAUCGCUACAGCGAUGAGAACUCUACAGUGAGUCUCGAACUUUGGAUGGUGAUUUUGUACUGCAGUGUGAAUGUGCGUGGGUGUGUCUGUGGUACUACAUGUUGUGUGGCUGAUGAUGCAAAUGGCAAACUCUA